AUGAGUGAAGACAGAGAAAUUGCCUUUUGUCAUGACAUAACCAUAUCCCCUUUCUGCCUUUUCAUUGCUUCCCCAGCUUCUCAUGCUGGAUUCUGUCCAAGGGAAUGGUUACGAUAUCAGAGGAACUGUUACGGGCUCUUCCAUGAGAAGCUGAGUUGGCAUGAGGCUGAGAUCAGGUGCCAAAGCUAUGGCCGGGGUACCCACCUUGCCUCUAUCCUUACCUGGCCGGAAACAUUAAUUGUAUCCAAACAUAUCUCUGCUUAUAUGAAAGAAAAAGGGGUUGACAUCUGGAUUGGACUCCAUGACGUUCGCCAUAAUGGGAACUGGAGGUGGACUGAUGAGUCGGUUUUCAAUUACAAGAACUGGAUGCGUGGAGAACCCAACAAUCUUUGGAACUCUGAGUAUUGUGUUGCUCUCUGA